GGAGUACUAACAUGGCUUGGAAUUCCUGAUAGCUGCACUCGAUGUCGCAGGCAGAAGAUCAAAUGUUCUGGAUCACAGCCUUGCGAUGGCUGCAACAAACGCAAGCUUACCUGCGUCUUUGAUGAUCGCGAUCAGAAGAUUCUAGUCACUAGAGGGUAUGCCUACAUCGAUGAGUUGCUGCAGAAGAUUGCCACUUUCCAACAAAGCGACCGCGUGCAUCAGAGUCCCCUAAGUCCAGAAUAUGCAGAGGAUACAUCUCCCAAUCCCAAAGAACAAAAUGAUGUAUCAGAUAUUGCCAAGUCAUCACCUAAUAACCGUGAAGACCUUCUUCAUCAUGAGCUGGAGGAUCCUGCAUCAGGACUAACAAACCCUCUAUCCACCGGACCUCCCGCGUUCAUGUCGGCAGAGAAUGGAAGAACAUUCUAUCUAGGAACCUCGUCAAAUUGGUCCUUCACACGCCGAGUCCUCAGCCUAACGCAUGAACACAUUUACCAAGAAGCUCUUCCAACUGGAGCCUUGCUCUUUGAUGGUACGACCUACGACCUUGGCUGGGACGGCUUGCGUAGGCCACAGGAUCCAGACACCCCUGCCGUUCCUACCUUCGACCACGCACUAUAUCUCAUCAAUGUUGUCAAGUUCCGCUGCGGACAACUUUACCACCUCUUCGAUGAGAAUGACUUUAUGAGGAAUCUGCACGAGUUCUACUCGGGACCUCAGCCGAAUGCAACAGCCGGGCUGUGGUAUAUCCACUUCCUUUUGAUCCUGGCCUUCGGCAAGGGAUUUGUGCAGCAUAAAUUGCAGGGAAAUAAGCCUGCCGGGGCGGAAUACUUUGUGAAGGCACUCCAGUUGCUUCCCGACAUUAGUGUUCUCCAUCAAGAGCCCAUCGAGUCCACAGAAAUAUUGUGCUGUGUGGCGUUGUACCUGCAAGCCUUGGAUUGUCGCUCGUCAGCUCAUAACUAUAUUGGACAAGCCAUGCGAAUGGCGAUGGCUGAAGGCCUCCACACUCAAAUGCCGAUUGAGUAUCUAGGAGAAAGCUUUGUGCAAAGGUGUCGCAAGAUUUGGUGGACCGUAUACGUUAUGGAUCGUGAGAUGACUUCACUCAUGGGAUUACCUCAGUCCCUGAAUGAUGAUCAUGUCAACGCCCUUCUUCCCACAUUUCCAGGCGCCGGACAGAAGACCGCUGGAAUCGGCAUGCAAAUUAAAUUGUCCCGAAUCAUUGCAGAGAUCAACAGUACUGUCUAUGCGAUUGAUGGCCGCUUGAACCGAAACUUCUUGCUUCGGACCAAGACAGCCUUGGCAAGUGUUGCCCGCCUAGCCGAUGAACUGCAAGAGAGUUUCCCAUUACAGGCGGAGCGAUCGACGAAUGGGGUCUCCAGGAAAUCCGCCUAUCUUCACCUUCUAUAUCAUCAGUGUAUUGUGCUUGCAACUCGACCCCUUCUCUUCUGUUUUUUGAAGAUCCGCUUCGAAUCGCCGCAAAAUUGCUCGGAUGCUUUGAACACUUCCCGAAACGUUCGAAACUUGAUCCAAAUGUGCAUGGAGUCUUCUCAGCAAAUAAUCAGUAUUCUUCAUAGCCUUCAAUCAGAAGGCCUACUUGAAACAUUCCUCCCUUUCGACCUCGAGUCCAUAUUCGUCUCAACAGUAGUCCUCCUCAUCGGACCCGCCAUCGAUAUCCGCUGGAACUUUCCCAUAUGGGUCGAAAAAGCAUACACAAUCUUCGAAGACAUCAUCGAGAACGGCAACCUGAUCGCCAAGUUCCGGCGCUCGGAGUUACAACUUCUAGAUGAGCUGUUGAGCUGUUUCCCUGAAGAUCAACCCGGACGCCUAUCUGCGUUGGUCGCCUUCCCGAAUAACCCCCUCAAUCACUCACACGAGGAGUUAGCAAAAUCUUUCCCACCAUCCUCACAUGUUCUCAGCCAUGAUAUGUUGUCUGACCCUGGUGCUGACAUGGGAGAUGAUGGCGCUUUUACCAGUGGGUGGAGCGCAGCGCAGAUUAUGGCCGUGGCGGAUUCUAUUGAAGGUAUUGAUACGGAGUGGAUGUCCAAUGCGAUGAUUGAGCAUAGUAUUUGGUAGAUAUACUUGGUAGAUAUGGU